GAUAGCGGAGACGACGUCAACACGAACCAUUCAUUCACACCCACGCGACCACCACCACCACCGCGCAUCGAACCUCACAACCGCGACUGAAGCAAACCACUCGCAAUCAUGCCGUCCGCCAUCGCGCUCUGCAAAUUCGUCGGCACAAUCAGCUUAGGCCUCCUCACGGGCGUCUCCUACACCCUCUCCACACAAUCCCUCCCCAGCCUUCUGACCCUCCCGUCAGCGAAACCCGCCGCUUACACUCUAAACCAAACAACACGACUCUCAACACUCCACAUUCGAGCUCUCUCGACCAUCUCUACAAUCUCGCUGAUCACAGCUUUCGCGCUUUCCCCUCCGAGGAUCAAGCACCCUUAUCUCAUCUGGACUGCAAUCGUAGCGACAGCGAGCGGAGCGUUGAAUUUGGCGAUGGACAAGGGAUUGAAGUCGAGAGUUAUCAAGGAUGAAGUGGGAGAGGUGAAUGGAGAGGAGAUUGAGAAGAGUGCGAGGGAUCAGCAGUACUUGGAAUUCGUGAGGACUUUGAUUGCUGGGACGGGGUUCACGAUGGGUGUGGUGGGGAUUUGGGGCGAUGGGGCGUAGAGAGUUGCGUAUUGGAUGAGAGAGGCGAGGGAAAGAGCUGGUCUGGAGCGUGGAAAGCUCAGAUGGAGGGCAGCAUGAAUGGAAAAUGAAAUGAAGCAUGGAAACACUAGACGGCCGGUGUGUGAUGGAGCGACAGAAGUCGGAAUUACUUCCCAUCUCCGAUUAGAACUAUAUGGAUACUUUUUCUGCUCUGUGUAUCUGCGA